UUACUUAAGGUAUACUUGCGGAGUAUGGACUUUCAGAUAAAUCCUUUUCAAAGCGGAAUUGUUCGUUAUCUUUAGAUGAUCAAAGCUGCCAAAAUCCAGGCACGUUGGCCUCUCGGACACACCCCCUGAUUUAAACCUUCAGGCGGGCCCCUUUUCCACAAUCCAUAUUUGCUUCGUAAACAUGGAGCUUAUCGUUACGUUGUUUCUGGCCGCAAUCAUUCUGGGUCUUCUUUAUAUGUUUUUACUAAAAGACUCAUUUCGCUACGCGAAGAUGCCUCCGGGUCCGACCCCGCUGCCAGUGAUUGGUAACCUGUUACAAGUAAACGGCAAAACUCCUUACAAGAGUCUUUUAAAGCUCAGUGACACGUAUGGACCCGUGAUAACGGUGCACCUGGGAGGACAUCGCGCUGUGGUUCUGGUCGGAUACGAAGCGGUGCAGGAGGCCCUGGUGCAGCAAGCCGACGCUUUCGCUGGCAGAGCGCAGUUUCCACUGCCCUUACGACUUCUAGGAGGUUUCGGGCUGCUUCUCAGUAAUGGAGAACGAUGGAAACAGCUUCGACGUUUCACUCUGUCUACUUUGAGAGAUUUUGGCAUGGGGAAACGCAGUAUCGAAGAAUGGAUUCAGGUGGAAGCCCGACACCUAACUGAGGAAUUCAGAAAAAAUGCCAGCUCGCCCUGUGAUCCCACCUUUUUCCUGAGUCGUGCCGUGUCAAAUGUUAUCUGCUCCAUUGUGUUUGGACAACGCUUUGAGUACCAGGAUAAAAGAUUUGUCUUUCUGCUGAAACUUAUUAAUGAAAACGUGCGAUUGGGCAGUAGCCCUUCUGGACAGUUGUAUAAUGUGUUUCCAAGUAUGAUGGAUGUUCUUCCUGGGACUUUCAACAUGAUAAAGAAGAAUGGGACAGAAUUAAUUGAAUUUGUUUCUGAGAUGAUCAAAGACCACAAACAAACAUUGAGUGAUGAUGACCCACGGGAUUAUAUUGAUGCCUUCCUCAUCAAGAUGAAUCAGGAAAAGGGCAACUGUGACACUGAAUUUCAUUAUGACAACCUGCGAGCAACAGUUUUAAAUCUCUUUCUUGCUGGAACUGAGACCACAAGCACUACGCUGAGAUAUGGGCUAUUGAUUCUAAUGAAGUACCCGCACAUCCAAGAGAGGGUCCAUCAGGAAAUUGAUGAAGUGAUUGGUAAUGACCAACCACCAUCCAUGGAGCACCGCAAAAAGAUGGCCUUCACAGAUGCAGUAAUCCAUGAAAUUCAGCGAUUCAUUGACAUUGUUCCAAUGAAUCUGCCCCAUUUGACCACACAGGACACUUCAUUCAGGGGCUACAGCAUCCCAGCGGGUACAUUGGUGAUUCCUUUACUGCACUCUGUUCUUUUUGAUAAAACACAAUGGGAAUCACCACAGUCCUUCAAUCCUGGACAUUUUCUGGAUAAGAAUGGCUGCUUCAAAAUUAACCCUGCGUUUCUGCCUUUUUCUACAGGGAAGCGUGCCUGUGCAGGGGAGGGUCUGGCCCGGAUGGAACUCUUCCUGUUUUUCUCGACUCUUCUACAAAACUUCUCAUUUCAUUUUGCUGAGGACCCUGAAACCAUCAGCCUCUUACCUGAUGCCAGUUCUUUUCUAAAACUCCCCCAGGUUUAUAAAUGUUUUGUCAGUCCCCGUUAACUAAAUGGUGGGGUAACAAUGUGAUUUACAGUUUUUGAGCAUGGAAGACAGUUUGUAUGCUAAGGGAGUUAAUUCUGUUUUCACUUUGGGUUUCAUGUAAAAAGAUGAAAACCACAGCUUAGGCUUGGACCUUUUGCAGUUCUGCAUUAUUAAUACUUUGAUGAAUAUACCAUUAUUUACUUAAGGUGAGGUC